UCCUCGGUGCGGCCGCCACCACUACCCCACCACUGACCGUGGACUCUGAGGAUGGGAUAUUGUCCACGGCCAGUUCCUCGGACAUGUUAGCGGACGGGGAAGAUGAGGAAGGAGAUGAGGAGGGCGAGGCAGUCGGCAGCGCUCACAACGCUGAUUUCCCCGACAGCCAGGAUCUCUUCAUCACCCUUACAGAGAUCCCCUACGAAGCGUCCCCAGCCGUUACCCCGGACACAGAAUCUGGGGAAGGAUCAGCCACCACAUCUGCGACUGUCUCACAACCUAGCCUGGCAUCACACUCCCAGAGGCUAGCGAAGAUUAGGCAUAGGAAGAAGAGGACACGGGAGGACAUGUUCUCUGAACUUAUGGCCUGUUCCCAAGCCCAGGCAGCACAGCAGACCCAGUGGCGGGAGAAAUUGACCCAAAUGCAGCAAGCAAACAUGGAUCGGGAGGAGAGGUGGCGGCAGGAAGACCAGCAGGCGACUCAAACGCUGCUUGGACUACUGAGGGAGCAAACAGACACGCUCCGGCGCCUUGUGGAUGUUCUGCAGGAACGGAGGCAGGAGGACAGAGCCCCGCUGCAGUCCAUCUCUAACCGCCCUCCCCCGCCACCAAGUCCCAUACCCACCUCACCCAAAGUGCAAAGAAGGAGAGGCGGCAGAGUCCCUGCUAACUCUCACUCCACCCCUGCAGAGAGCUCUAGUAGCAGAAGGCUCUCAUUCCCCAAAACUUGAAAAGUUCUUUCCUUCCCGCCUGACACAAGCCCCCGUCCAAGUUUCACCUCCCAGUUCCAUGUGUAGUUGAUAAUAAAAAAUACGUUCAUGUUAAGUACUGUUUCAAUGAUGUUCUUUUGGAGGAGGAGGGGAAAGGGGGUUGGUAAUUGGACAGGACAGUCGCCUUUGGCAGGGUACAUAGGCGGGGGCAGGCACAGCAGCAGGGCACAUACACAGUGCAGUGAUGCAGUGACUAGUUACCCUGGUUAGUCUGGGAGGUUGUUUUCAUGUUAUGUG